ACUUACGGUCUUAUUCAUAAUCAUUUUUCACAUUUUAUCAAAUGCUUAUUAGAGGUUUAUAAAACGUUUGAUAAAAAUUGUUAUUCAUAAUCGUCAUUUAGCGCUAAAAUCCUCUUAUAACUGUGUGAUAAGUUAUCGAGAGCUCGGGCCUUGUUUAAAGCUCUAAUAAACCUAUUUUAACCUAACUUUUAUAAAUGUCAUUUCAUAUGAAUGUCACUUCGUUGGUUUAUUUAUUCAAAAUAUCCUUGCUGUGAUCCUUGCUUGUGAAAAUGAAUGCUAUAAAUGCAAUUGUGCAUUUAGCCAAUAAUGCCGACCCAGCGCGACGUAGAAAGCUCUACCGCCAACGAAGCAACCCAUUCGAUUUGCGGGACCUAAAUUUUAAAAUAAAAUAUAGGUUCAAUAAGGACACAGUGCGCACCAUCAUAGAUUUGGUGGAAGAUGAUCUGGUUCAGAGCGCUAGAGGUGGUGGCACGUGUCCUGAACUGCAAGUUUUAGUGGCCAUAAGAUGUUGGGGACGUCGUGAGGUACAAGAUGAUGCUGGUGACCUCCAUGGCCUAAGUCAGCCGACAGUGAGCCGGAUAUGCGCCAGAGUCGCGCAUGCAAUCGCGAAUAAGGCAAAUUCCUUCAUCAAAAUGCCUAUCACUAUAGGAGAGCAGGAAAGAAUUAGUGCCAAAUUUAGAGCAAUUAAAAAUUUUCCUGGGGUGAUAGGAGCCAUAGAUUGCACCCACAUUAAAAUUAAAAAAACCGGAGGUGACAUGGCCCAGUACUAUAUUAAUAGAAAAGGCUAUUAUUCCCUGAAUGUUCAGGUUGUCUGUGAUGCUGACCUCAAAAUAAUGGAUAUAGUGGCUAGAUGGCGAGGCAGUACACAUGACAGUCGAAUUUUUAUGGAGAGCAAUAUAAAACAACGAUUUGAGGAUAGGCAGUUUAGAGGACGCCUUAUUGGCGAUUCGGGCUACCCUCUUCUGCCAUAUCUAUUUACACCUAUUUUAAGGCCUAGUCGUCCAGAAGAAGAAGCAUACAAUAAUGCUCACAUCUCAACUAGGAACACUGUUGAAAGGUGUUUUGGGGUGUGGAAGCAGCGGUUCCAAUGCCUACUCCAUGGCUUACCAGUAAGCCUCCAAAAUGGAAAAGCUGUGAUCAUAGCAUUGGCUGUAUUACAUAAUAUAGCCAUUGAUAUGAAUGACACAUUGUUAGAACAACAUAUGGAGCAGGUCCCUGUAACUCCGCAACUUUCGACGGAGAACAGUGUUCACGACAACCGACCUUCAUUGUUGAGGCGUAGGUCGCAGUUGAUACUACAAAAUUUUAUAAAUCAACAUUUUUGAAUGAUACUGUUCCUGGCAUCUUA